CUUGUGGCCCCGGAGGUGUCCCGCUGUCCGCUGGCUGGAACCUGUUGCUCCGUAGUUCCGUGUUGUGCAAUGGACGGCAGUGUCCACCAAGAUUUAACAGUUGGUACUAAGAGAGGAUCUGACGAGCUUUUCUCCAGCGUCUCCAACGGCCCGUUUAUCAUGAGCACCACAGCCAAUGGGAACGACAGUAAGAAAUUCAAAGGGGACAUAAGAGGUCCCGGCGUGCCGUCCAGGGUCAUCCACAUCCGCAAGCUUCCCCUCGACAUCUCGGAGGCCGAGGUCAUCAGCCUGGGGCUGCCCUUCGGAGACGUCACCAACCUGCUGAUGCUCAAAGCCAAGAACCAGGCCUUCUUAGAGAUGAACUCAGAGGAAGCGGCUCAGAACAUGGUGGGUUAUUACUCCACAGUGAUGCCCGUCAUCAGGCACCAACCGGUCUAUGUCCAGUUCUCCAACCACAAGGAGCUGAAGACCGACAACUCCCCCAAUCAGGAGAGGGCCCAGGCGGCUCUUCGGGCCCUCAAUACGUCUCAUGUGGAUGCGGCUGUGCCGGCCCCGAGUUCGGUUCUGAGGGUGGUGGUGGAGAACCUGGUCUACCCCGUCUCCCUGGACGCCCUCUGCCAGAUCUUCGGCAAGUUCGGCACGGUGCUGAGGAUCAUCGUCUUCACCAAGAACAGCCAGUUCCAGGCUCUGCUGCAGUAUCCAGACGGGGCGUCCGCCCAGGCCGCCAAACUGUCUCUGGACGGGCAGAACAUCUAUAACGGCUGCUGCACUCUGAGGAUCAGCUUCUCCAAACUCAGCAGCCUCAACGUCAAAUACAACAACGAGAAGAGCCGCGACUUCACCAGACCUGACCUUCCCUCUGGAGACAGCCAGCCCACCAUGGAGCACCAGGCCAUGGCUGCAGCCUUCAGUCCAGGUAUCAUCUCAGCCUCUCCGUACGGCGGAGCCACCCACGCCUUCCCACCGACCUUCACCCUCCAACCUGCAAGCCUGACGGUCCCCACUCUGCCCGGAGGCCUGGCCUCUCUGUCCCUCCCCGGGGCCACCAGGCUGGGAUUCCCCCACCUCCCCGCUGGAGUCUGUGUCCUACUGAUCAGCAACCUGAACCCCGAGAGAGUUACGCCCCACUGCCUCUUUAUUCUCUUCGGUGUUUACGGCGACGUGAUGAGAGUGAAGAUCCUGUUCAACAAGAAGGAGAACGCUCUGGUUCAGAUGUCUGACAGCACACAGGCUCAGCUAGCCAUGAGUCACCUGAGCGGCCAGCAGCUGCACGGGAAGUCUCUGCGCAUCACGCUGUCCAAACACACCAGCGUCCAGCUUCCCCGUGAAGGCCACGAGGACCAGGGCCUGACCAAAGACUACAGCAUCCCCCUGCACCGCUUCAAGAAGCCCGGCUCCAAAAACUACUCCAACAUCUUCCCUCCUUCUGCCACCUUACACCUCUCCAACAUCCCCCCGUCUGUGGUGGAGGACGACCUGAAGAUGCUGUUCUCCAGCUCAGGAGCCACGGUCAAGGCCUUCAAGUUCUUCCAGAAGGACCACAAGAUGGCUCUGAUCCAGAUGGGCUCAGUGGAGGAGGCCAUCGAGUCCCUCAUCGAGUUCCACAACCACGACCUGGGCGAGAACCACCACCUACGGGUCUCCUUCUCCAAGUCCUCCAUCUGAGCCUCAGACUUCACCGUCUGAAUCCUCCUCGCUCGCCUGAGAGCGGACUUGGUGUCCACUACACUCCCAUCAUUCCAGUCUGCAGAAACCGCCGUGAAGUCUGGUGUGAUGUUAAAUUAUUUUUUAAAACAUGUUUUAUUCUCUGCCUUCGAGGAGCAUCAGGGUCAUUUAAAGAAACCGAGUUCUGAGUGUCAGGAUUUUAAGAAUGAAUCAAGAACUGACUGACGCUUCAGACUCGUUUCUCUGUGCUCCUGAUCCUCGUCUCUGAAGUUUCCCCCUUUUUGAAGUAACGUCUUUAAAACACGACAGCGUUUGGGAAGUCACGGAUUAGCUCCCGAGCGGUCGGAUGUUUGGCCUUCAGAUGAUCCCCGUGCCUUAUUCCUGGAGUCGUGUAACACAAAUCUCCCAUCAUGCCUCUGUAAAUUGGCAAAGAGCAGGUUUACAGUUGCUGAGCUGUAUUGCAGAUAUAUCCGUGUUUUGUACUGCUGGUUAGCGUCAGACGUGUGAACGGUUUCAGCGCUCUGCUGGGUCUUCACUCGUAGAUUCUCUCUUCUGUUCCUUUUUGAUUUCUUUAUUUCCAUGUAUACAAUCGAGUUUUAUUCAAAUCAGAUUAUCGUAGCAAUAUUUUAAUCAUUCCUUUUUAUUUGUUGGGUUUUUUGGUGUGUUGGCGGUUCCUCUCGCUGCUCCGCCGCCUUCGACGAACCGCUCUGUUACUCGCGUCUUCUUGUGAAUCACGUGUCUCGUCCGUCGCCGCUCUCAACGGUUUUAUUUAUAAGUUUGUGAUCCACUACAGCUGAAACCAAAAACGGCCUUCUAGAUGCAAACAAAUCCGCCUGCCUCAGGUUUGUGGUUUUAAGGACUUAAAAGACAAAAGACCUGGUUCAGGCUUUGUUGGUGUUUUCCUGUGGGAGUGUUUUCACUGGAUCCAGCCCACCGGUGCGACGUCGGAUGUAAUGUGGAGUGCCUUCGCCGCAGCGCCGAGUCGUACAUCAGGUAUUAAUUCCUCUUUAUUCGGAGAUGAAAUGUACCGAAACCACGCGGCGCUGGUUCGGUUUAUCUGUGUCUUAAUAUUAUUAUGUCGACAUUCCAGCCGCUCAGACGUCCACCUGAAGCUCCUUCACCGUCUGAACGAGCUGCUGAAGGUUCGGUGCAUUCAAAGACGCCUGGGAGGUUCAGGUCCGGCUCGUCCUCCUUCACUUCCUGACCAAACAGACCAGAAGUCCCGCCUCAGUCCAGAGACUCGGAGGCGUCCGUCGCACGUCGGGCAGAUCUUUAAUCCUCCUCGCCGUCUGAAAGUUAAACAUCGUCAGAGACGUGGGGAAAACUCCGAUUGGCCGCAGCUGCGAUUAAAUGAAAGACGGAGCAGAUCGAACCACUUGUGAUUAUCGUGAGAUGUAAAAAGGUCUCAAGUACGUGAUUGUGUCUCGUUCUGAUUCAACGUGUCGCCAGACUCAAACUUUUCCUUUAAAACGUUUUUCCAAGCUGUGAUCUGGCUUCUAGAAAGAAGCAAAUGUUGAUGCGGCUCUGUGAGGAAGGACCAAAACUCUGGCCGUCUCCCGCGUGUCAGUAACCCCUCCCCCAAGUCGGCCGCCAGCUGGACGGCUCGGACACAAGACCGUCCCCCAGACCAGGACUCCUAUCGCACAAGUUGAACUCGUAACGCUGCGUUCACACUCGUCAAGCUGUAGCUCUGUGCGCGUGGUUUACACACGAGGUCACUCCCUGUACGGUUCGUCUAACGUGAACAGAAACGAGCGCUCCUCAUCACGUGGCGUGAGCAGGUUGACUCCUCCCAGGUGUCGUCGUCGUCGCCAGGUGACGUGAACGAGUUCCUCGUAAGAGGCGCUUUUAUUAAUUAUCCUUUCAGAAGUUUGCGUCGGUCGUCAAAGACGGACGCGACAAGGCGUCGUCCAUCACUGCGGGGAGGACGGGGUUUCCCCAGUUGACUUGAAUGCAUCACAGACCUUCAGCGUCAGGUGAGGCAGGAGUGGGACCAGUCUUCAGUAGCGGGGGGGGGUUGCAGUGUACAUACGUGUUUUAUACCACAGUUACGUGUCUGAGAGCUGAUUGGUGGUUUUAUAUCUGAUCAAUCAUGUAUAUUUUGAUUAACGUGUGGUUCUGAGCCUUUACACUGAUUGUGUCACAGCGGGGGGGAAAACAGAUUAAAUCACUUUUUAUCUAAAAACUCUG